AGCGUUGGGCUCAAUAGCAGCUGACGCGACCUAGCCUUCCUUCCUUCUGGAGGAUUGCUGCCUGGUGCGACCCAGCCUUUUUUUCCCGCCAGCCGCUGCGCGACUUUACAAGGCAGAACACCUCGAAGAUGUCGCGUCUCUUGGCGUUGGGUCUCGCCGCACUAUGGAGCCUGGCGCACGGCGAUGUGCACGACCUGGGCCUGGAGGAUGAGUGUGCCGAAAAUGAGACCUGCAGCUUGUCCUUACGCCAGCUGCGGGGAGAUCCAAUGUCCACCUUGGAGCUCGACGACUGGGAACGCGAGGACGACACAGAGGCCACCAUGGAGGACAGCAAUGCCACGGCUGGGCCCUACACCUUCUAUGUCUACCGUGCGAAGAAUGACCAGAACUACGGAGACACAAACGUGAACAUGGCAAACUUGGCCGGAGUCCUUUGGUACCUCCACAGCGAGGUGGUGGGCCAUUGCCCUCGCAAGUUCGGCGUCACGCGGAUCCUGAGAUACAAGAUCACCAUGAUGCCAACGCCUGAGUUGGAACACACCAAGAAGGUCUUUGCUCCGUUGUGCCAUUUUGACAGUGGUGCCUGUACUGGCCCCAAGCCGGUCUUGGAUGAUUACCAGAAGUAUGGCUUUGUGGUGGGUUGCGAUAGGCCCAGUUUUCAACAUGCGGCCUACUCCCAAGCCACGUGGUACAGCUUUCCUGGAGCUUGUCCAUCCAAGAGCUUUCAACAAAAGCAAGGCUGUUCAGAGGCUGGAGGCGAAUGCAAGCCGGGCCAAGCCUGGUCCAAGACUUGCACCUGGAGGAAGGAGUUUGCAGGUGAGAUCACCCUGGACCAGCUGACACACAACUAUCACUUCGAAGACCGUUGUAAGAAGGGUUUCGAGGAGUACAACACUGCCACAGAUCGUGGUCAAGGUACCAACUACUGGCACACCCGCAGCAACAAGCGCGUGUGUGACCGACGCAUGUCCUGGGCCCAGCGAGUCUUCCAGUCGAGGUGUGGCGGUCCCCGUCUUCCUGAAGCCCCACAGUGCCCUUAUGGCGACCCAAAACGCUGAGCGGUGAAGAGGGUUGUCAACUGGGGCGAGAUGGCGCCGUGAAGCAUCAGAAAAGGCGUCUGGCAUGGACCGAGUGUGAUUCACAAGAAACUGCAGUAGGGGGAGACGUUGGCAGGAGCAAGGAUGCUACUGGGGGCUCCUGGCCUUCCUACUAGGAGCAAGGACGCUACUAGGGGCUCCUGGCCUUACUGGACCAGCAGCGUCGUUCUUGACCAAUCGGAUGACGCGUUCGACCGGUAGUUGUGCCAUGCCCUCAGCACCAAACUAAAGUGUCUCCCGCUGUUAAAACCGGCAAAGAAAGUCGGACAUGUAUGCAGAGGAAUGCACAAGGGGCCACAGUCAUCAGAGUUGCACAACGUGAGCAGGAGCACAGACAACGACAAGCAAAAGCGCCCAGAUAGCCAGGGUCGGGAGCGAUGUAGACAGCGCAUCCUGACACUUGGCACAUCGUCGGGAAAAUCUCUUCGAGUCUUAGAGAGUGGCUACUUACUGCAAGUAGCGCAUCACACAGGCAGGCUCGUUAGACCCAACACACCACCUGAGACCCGGACAUGCUGCCUGCUGCGCUUUCAUUGUUGCGGUCCAUGGUCCGCGAUCCUGGACCAUGGUCCUGUCGAUCGGCUUUCAGCUGGUUGAUACUGGAUGCGAUCGGUGGGCAACAGCAACAGGAACAGAACAACAACCUUAAUUAAUUGUAAAUUAGAUUAAAUUAGAAGCAUUUUGUGAUUAUUCUGGUGCUAUCUGGUGCUAUUAACU